UCGGACGAACUUUAAUGCGACACCGCUGAUACUCGUCGUCAUUCAUCCUGGAUUAUCGAAACACGGAGGCGAGGGUGUACAGCACUGUGUCAAAAGGUCCUCGCCAUGGAGCUGGCUCACAGUCUGCUGCUCAACGAAGAUGCCUUGGCCCAGAUCACUGAAGCAAAAAGGCCUGUCUUCAUCUUUGAAUGGCUUCGCUUCUUGGAUAAAGUGCUUGUGGCUGCAAAUAAGGUGGAUGUGAAGGAGAAGCAGAAGAAGCUGGUGGAACAGCUGACAGGACUGAUCAGCAGCGCCCCUGGACCGCCAACAAGAAAACUGCUGGCCAAAAACCUUGCCACACUCUACAGCAUCGGCGACACCUUUACAGUUUUCCAGACUCUGGAUAAAUGCAAUGACAUCAUCAAAAGCAAAGAUGACACACCUGCGUACUUGCCAACAAAACUUGCUGCAGUGGCAUGUGUGGGAGCCUUUUAUGAGAAGAUGGGCAGGAUGCUGGGAAGCUCCUUUCCAGACACAAUUAAUAAUCUUUUGAAGGCAUUAAAGAGUGCAGAGUCCCAAGGCAGAGGAGAGAUCCUCCUCAGCCUGCAAAAGGUGCUGAGUGGGCUGGGUGGGGCUGCAGCGUCAUGUCACAGAGAUAUCUACAAGAAUGCCCGCUCUCUACUCACAGACAGGUCCAUGGCCGUACGCUGUGUGGUAGCAAAGUGCCUGUUGGAGCUGCAGAAUGAGGCAGUAUUCAUGUGGACCACAGAGCUGGAGAACAUGGCCACGUUGUGUUUUAAGGCCCUGGAAGGAUCCAACUAUGGGGUUCGGGUAGCAGUGGCCAAACUGCUGGGGACAGUCAUGGCUACUGCUUUGAUGCCCAAACAAGCAGCUGUGAUGCGCCAGAAUGUGAAGCGGGCCACUCUGGAGGAGGUCCUAGAGCUAAUGGCCACUGGAUUUCUGCGAGGUGGAUCUGGCUUCCUGAAGAGCGGAGGGGAGAUGUUGAAGGGGGGAGGCUCUGUCAGCAGGGAGGUGCGGGUGGGCGUCACACAGGCCUACGUUGUGUUUGUGACUACACUUGGUGGUCAGUGGCUAGAGCGCAACUUUGCCACAUUCCUGUCCCACGUUUUGGACCUGGUGUCUCACCCGCGGGCCACGCAGACACAUGUUGAGGCCGUGUACUCACGCCGCUGUGUCUCCUUCAUGCUUCGUGCCACCCUCGGGGGCUUACUUGGGGAGAAAGCACAAAUUGCAGCCGGCAAAGAAAUCUGCCAAGCCAUCAGCAAGCAAAUGAGGGCUGUGGGUAAGGAGGAUGGGGGGGAAAUGUCACGGUUCAGAGCAUUACAGAAGGCAGUAGUGAAUGACAUCAGUGGAGAGAACAAGGCAGGGGCAGCAGACGUCUCUGCCAGUCAGCAUGUUAUGGUGUGCGCACUGAAAGAACUGGGCAGUCUAGUUCAGAGCUUGAGUGCCACAGCUUCACCGCUCAUCCAGGAGCCUUCUAUAGGACUCCUCGAGACUGUGACUUCAGUGCUGCUGCACCCGAGCAUGGCAGCUCGCUUGGCGGCUGCAUGGUGCCUGCGCUGUGUUGCUGUGGCCCUGCCCUAUCAGCUGACCCCGCUGCUCGAUCGCUGCGCAGAGCGAAUCAACAACCUGAAGAGUUCACCUGAAGCUGUGAGCGGCUACAGCUUUGCCAUGGCUGCUCUGCUGGGAGGCGUACACCAGUGCCCACUGGGUAUCCCCCACUCCAAGGGCAAGUUGGUCGUGAUUAUAGCUGAAGAUCUCCUGCGGACGGCUGCUCAGAAUAGUCGACUGUCCCUGCAGCGCACGCAGGCUGGAUGGCUUCUGUUAGGGGCCCUGAUGACUCUGGGUCCUGCCCUUGUACGCUAUCACCUCCCCAAGAUGCUGCUGCUGUGGAGGAAUGUGUUUCCUCGCUCCCAGAAGGAGUUAGAGGCAGAAAAGGCCAGAGGAGACUCCUUCACCUGGCAGGUCACCCUGGAGGGCCGAGCUGGAGCGCUGUGCGCCAUGCGUAGCUUUGUGGCCCACUGUCCCGAGCUGCUUACAGAAGACGUGAUCCGUAGACUGAUGACUCCCAUUGAAUGUGCCAUGACCAUGAUGUCUCAUGUCCCUGCCAUCAUUAAGGUCCAUGGUGCUCAUCUGAAAGCAAGCGCAGCGAUGGUGAGGCUCAGGUUGUAUGACAUCCUGGCUCUGUUGCCUCCCAAGACCUAUGAAGGCAGUUUCAAUGCCCUCCUGAGAGAGCUGGUGGCUGAGUUCACUUUGACUGACAACUCAGCCAACACCACCACCUCCUUGCUGCGCUCUCUCUGUCACUAUGACGACAGUGUGCUCAUGGGCUCCUGGCUACAGGAGACUGACCACAAGUCCAUAGAGGAUCAGCUGCAGCCCAACAGUGCAUCUGGCAGCGGAGCUCUAGAACACGAUCCCUCCUCCAUCUACCUGCGUGUCCCUGUAGGUGAAGCCAUCCCGGGGCCUCUCCCUUUGGGUGUGUCUGUCAUCGACGCGUCCGUGGCUCUGUUUGGUGUGGUUUUCCCCCACGUCUCCUUCAAACACAGGCUGCAGAUGCUAGACCACUUUGCAGAAUGUAUUAAGCAGGCAAAAGGUGUUCGACAGCAGGCAGUCCAACUGAACAUCUUUACUGCAGUGCUUAGUGCCCUCAAGGGUUUGGCCGAGAACAAGAGCACUCUUGGUCCUGAGGAGGUGCGUAAGUCGGCUCUGGCCCUGGUGAUGGGAGCUUUGGACAAUCCUAACCCCAUCCUGCGCUGUGCUGCUGGAGAGGCCCUGGGCAGGAUGGCUCAGGUGGUGGGAGAGGCUACCUUCAUCGCCAGAAUGGCGCAGACCAGCUUUGACAAACUGAAGUCAGCCCGUGAUGUAGUUUCAAGGACAGGCCAUUCACUGGCUCUCGGCUGUCUGCAUCGUUAUGUUGGAGGAAUUGGCUCAGGCCAGCACUUAAAGACCAGCGUCAGCAUCCUAUUAGCUCUGGCACAGGAUGGGUCCUCUCACGAGGUCCAGACUUGGGCUCUGCACUCUCUGGCUCUGAUUGUGGACUCCAGUGGUCCCAUGUACAGAGGCUACGUGGAGCCCACUCUGUCCCUGGUGCUCACCUUGCUCCUCACUGUGCCCCCAUCACACAUAGAGGUGCACCAGUGUUUGGGCCGCUGCCUGGGAGCUCUCAUCACUACUGUGGGACCAGAGUUACAGGGAAAUGGAGCCACCAUCUCCACCAUACGCUCGUCCUGUCUGGUUGGUUGUGCCAUAAUGCAGGACCACUCUGACUCCCUUGUGCAAGCGGCUGCCAUCUCAUGUCUGCAGCAGCUGCACAUGUUCGCCCCUCGCCACGUCAACCUGUCCAGCCUGGUGCCCUGUCUCUGUGUGCACCUGUGCAGCUCUCACCUGUUGCUGCGUCGUGCUGCUGUGGCGUGCUUGAGACAGCUCGCCCAGAGGGAAGCUGCAGAGGUCUGUGAGUAUGCCAUGAGCCUGGCGAAGAGAGCAGGAGACAGCAAAGACAGCACUACAAUCAAUCUGAACAUCACAGAAACCGGUCUGGAGGGUGUUCUGUUUGGCAUGCUGGAUCGCGAGACAGACAGGAAGCUGUGUUCUGAUAUCCAUGACACACUGGGCCACAUGCUGUCUUCUCUUGCUGUGGAAAAGCUUUCUCAUUGGCUGAAACUCUGUAAGGAUGUCCUAGCAGCUACUACAGAUGUAGGAGGAGCCGUUGCAUUUGAGGUGGAAAAGGAUGAGGAAGACUCCGAGAAAAAAGACGAGAUGGACGAUGACACCAUGUUCACAGGCCUGGGCGAAGAUGACAAGUCAAAACCCUCUGUGGCUCCGCGCUGGGUGACGCGGGUGUUUGCCGCCGACUGCUUGUGCCGCAUCAUCCUGCUGUGUGAGAAUGCAGACAAAACACACUUCGACCUGGCAGCUGCCCGCUCUGCUCAAGCCAAGAACCCCAAAGGAGAUCUGUUGGUGCUUCAUUUGUCUGACCUCAUCCGCAUGGCCUUCAUGGCGGCAACAGACCACAGCAACCAGCUGAGGAUGGCUGGCCUGCAGGCCCUGGAGGACAUCAUUAAAAAGUUUGCGUCCGUACCAGAGCCUGAGUUCCCGGGGCACGUUAUCCUGGAACAGUACCAGGCCAAUGUCGGAGCUGCCCUCAGACCUGCAUUUUCACCUGAUACACCAUCUGACAUAACAGCUAAGGCAUGCCAGGUGUGUAGUACAUGGAUUGGUAGUGGCGUAGUCAGUGACCUCAACGACCUGCGGCGAGUCCACAACCUGCUCGUGUCGUCACUGGACAAGGUGCAGGCUGGGAAGGGUUCAUCCAGUCAGCUGUACAGUGAGAGUGCGACCACCAUGGAGAAACUGGCCGUGCUGAAGGCUUGGGCUGAGGUGUACGUGGUGGCGAUGAAGAUCAAGAAAGAGGCCGAGUCUAAGCCUGCCAAGCCAGUCCGAAGCGGAGAAGACGAUGAGGAUGAGGAGGAUCUAGGCGCCGGUGUGCUUCCGCCCGACAGCCUCAUCACCUUGGUGCAGCCAGAGCUGCCGUCGCUGAGCCGCCUGUGGCUGGCCAUGCUGCGAGACUACGCUCUGCUCACUCUGCCUGCUGAGUUCUCCAGUCAGCUGCCUCCUGACGGUGGAGCGUUUUAUACUCCAGAGACUAUAGACACAGCAAGGCUCCACUACCGAAGCUCUUGGGCCCCUGUCCUGCACGCUGUGGCCCUUUGGCUGAGCAGCACCGGGUUUGGAGCUGGUGAAGAGAAAGAAGAGGUCCCAUCAGCUCCCUCUAAAGCUCCUUCCCUCCCUCAAGGAGCCCCCUCCACCACAAAGAGCUUUGAGGAGUCAGUCAAAGACAGGAUGCAUCUAAUGCUGGGUGUCAGUAUAGAGUUUCUUUGCUUCCCACGGCCCGAGGAGCCCAUUGAACAUGUGAUGUCUUGCCUGCAGGCGCUGUGCACUCUACUAGAAUCUCCUUGUGCUAAGACCCAUAUUGCAGAGGACCAGCUGUUGGCAGUGGAGCUCCUCAACGUACUCCACAGGCUGCUGUUGACCAGGGACCCUCCUGCUGUCCAGCUUCAGGUCACUGCUGUGGUACAGGAGACCAUCAGGGCAGCACAGGACCAUCUGCAGCGACAGAGGUCCAGCAAGGGCAAAGAGGAAGAAGGAGAGAAAGACUCUCAUCCCAGCCUGGGGGAAGGUGGAGACACAGGGGAGCUCGUCCCUGGCAAGUCUCUGGUGUUUGCAGCGAUGGAGCUGCUCGUGUUCAUCCUGGUCCGCCACUUACCACAGCUUAAUACACGUGUGAAGGAGUCACCCAGCCAUGUGCCACUCAGGCCUCAGCGACUGCCCGAAGAAAGUGCACGCCUGGUGGCAAACACAGUCUCCAUAUUGGCCGAACUGCCCUCGCUCUGCUCUCCUGCCGGGAGCAUGACUAUCCUACCCACAGUGCUCUUCCUGAUCACCGGGGUGCUGAGGGAAACUGCGGUUAAGACUUCUGACAACUCGGUGCCUGUGCCUGUGUCAGCCGCCCUGCAGGGCAUCAAGACCAUCAUCACCUCCCCACUGGCCCGGGUGGAGAGCAUGCAGACACAGUGGACUGGCCUCGUGAGAAGCAGCCUGGCAUCUGUGCUCGAGUACUCACAGCCGGAUGAGUCCAGACCUGACAUGGAUGAGAUCAGUAUGUUGACAGCGAUUACACUCUUCCUGCUGUCUGCCAGCAGUGAGCUUGUAGGAGUGACAGUCCUGCAGAAGGGCUGCAUGGACCGCUUCCGAAACGGCCUGAACUCUAGUGAUCCAGCGGUUCAGGCCCGGUGUUACCAGCUGCUGUUGUCAGUGUUUCAGCACUCCAGCCGUGCCCUGUCUACCCCGUACAUCCACACUCUGGCUCCACUCAUGGUGGAGAAGCUGAAGGCAGUGGAGCGCAGUCGGCCAGGGACUGCUGCUGAACUGCAGGCUGUGCAGGAGGGCAUCAGGGUCCUGGAGAAUCUGGUCGGCAUGGGUGAAGAGCAGAACCGGGUGCAGCUGCUCGCUCUUCUUGUACCAACGCUCAUCUCCUACCUUUUGGAUGAAAAUGCCAUCUCCUCUGCUCCCCAAGUCUCCAAAGGCCUGCACGAUUUUGCCCUUCAGAACUUAAUGCGGAUUGGCCCCCUCUAUCCAGCUGCCUUCAAGAUAGUAAUUGGUGCAGCACCUGAGCUUAAAACCCGCCUGGAAUCUGCUAUACGGGCCAACCAGGCCAGCAGCAAAGCCAAGGCUGCAGCCAGGCAAGCUCAGCCAACUGUUCAAGCUGCACCAACCAUCAAACUCAAGACGAGCUUCUUCUGAACACUCAAAAAAUUAAUGUUGUCUGUUUUUGGUUUGUUGUGUUUUCUGUUAGCAGAGUACCAGCCAUGUCUGUAACAAGUACAUUUUCUUAAAUGUAUUUAUUUAUUCUACAUCUCAUCUUUAUUUUUGAUGAAUGGGAACUCUUUUUGAAGUCAAGAAGGCAAUUAUGUAAAUAUUAUUAAAAAGCCUUUGAAUGUUCACUGGAAAAAAAAAAACUCACUUUAAAAUCUUUAGGAAAUUUUGAUUUUGUGAAUGUAUCAUUUCUGGACUUGAUGCACAUUUAAAAGGGACUUAAGUUACAUUUUUGUUUUUCCCGAAGGUUCUUUUUUCCCUUGAUCUUGUUCUUUUGUUGUUUUUGUCUGGUCAUCAUCCCUCACGAUCCAAAAGUUGUUGUUUACUGUGCCAUUUUUCUCACUGUGAUUUUGUAUCACCAUGAGCAUGGCAAUUAUUUUAUUCCACUCAUGUGUAUUUCUUUAAUGGAGCUGGUUUAGUAUGUGGCCUUAUGGUCUGCUGAUUGUUACUGAUGUGGUUUCUUUCUUAUUUUUCCUUUUUUUUUUUUUUGAAAAGGUGUUUUGCUCUUAAAUUAUGCUGUAAACAUUCCUACCACAUGUCCUAAAACAUAACUGAGAAAUUAGUUUUGAUCAUUAUUUUUAGCCCAAAAUGAAAUUCUAUCAAAAUCUGUAGAACACCAGAAUACUAAAAUCAACAUGAUUUCAAAUUGUUUUUAGGCAGAAAUUAACAUUCACCCAGAGACGGUUAAUUUGUCUGCAGAUUAAUGGGGGAAUAUUACAUCAGUUAGAUAUAAUUUCAUGUAUGUGCUACAUAUCUCAGAUUGUUUUUCUAAUUACUGCUUAAGAUCCAUAGAUACGUGCAAUAGCUACAUGAAUAGGUGAGCAUCACCUGCCAUCACAAAUUGGCAGACUUGAUGAAAUGGCCCUGUGUAAUAUUCCACUCUCAUUUCUUUGAAAUGUGAAUAAAGUUGCUUUGACCUCA